AUGUGUCUCUCCGGGCUUGUACAGAUUGUUUACGGACUCAUUAUGGGUGGAAGUGCCAUCUUGACAGCAGUUGCCCUUUUCACACCAAGCUGGAACACUGUUGAAAAUAAUGUCAAAGAUAUUACUCACAUCAACACAUCAGAAUGGAAUGGUCUGAUGCCAUGGUCCUGUAUUGGUCACUCACAAGGGGGCACUUGCAGUGAUUGGUGGGCGAAUCUUCCCGGAUGGAUGCGAUGUGUUGUCGUUUGCAUGAUCUUGUCUUUAAUCGUUCAAGUUUUCGCUGUCAUCUACAAUCUUUUGACAUGCCUUGCCUGCUGUUGCAAGAAAUAUAUCAUUCACCCACUCACCUUAUUUGCCGUGAUCUCAACAAUUCUUUUACUCAUCGCUGUCAUUGUGUACGCAGCUGAAUGGAAUGAAUUCACAAAUGGAAUCAACACUGGAUCGCAGCUCGGAUACUCUUUCUGGUUGGCUGUUGGAGCACUGAUACUCUCUGCCGGAGCAGUUAUUCUGGGAGCACUAGCAGUUUGUCUUGGAGAACACUGCUGUUAA